AGGUGUGCUAAAAUCAGCUGCAAAACUGUGCUCAGAUGUCGUGUCUAAAGGAAUCCUCCCUGCAAUAGUGCACACAUUUCAACUCAGGAUUGCUUUGUGAAGGAAAAGCUCCUGCUUGAUGCUGGUUCCGAAAUCAGCUGAGGCCACAAACCGGAAGUGGAGUUUUUCGGUCCUGUUAUUCCAAAUUUGACUUGCAAUCACUUCAUAUCAUCACUUAGGAUUUACUCUUCAGUUCAUCAAGGAGUUAUGGCUGGUUCCUCUAAAGACAGCAGGCCUCUUUGUUCAGCAGCAUCGUGCGGGCUGGGAGCCGACGGGAACACGAUGGAUCCUCACGUUCCUUUAUGGAGAGACCCUGAGGAGGAAGUGGAGCGGCUGUUCACCUGCAGGGAGACAAAUGGGAGACACACCGGGAUUGAUGACCGCCUGCUAAUAAACAGACAACCAGAACUUACAUAUUUAGUUCAGUACUGCAGAAGAAGGAUAAACAUUGCAAAUAAAAGCAGUUAAACCAUCAACAGGAUUGCCUUUUUAAGAAAGCAAAAUGUCAAGCAGUGACUCAAAGAGACUUGAUGUUUUCAACAGUAUCCUGAAUGGUUGCAUUGGAGGCCUUUACUGUAAUAAUUCCCACCUGUUUUUUCACAACACAAGUCUCAACUUUGGGCUGGAGGGUUUUGAUGAUGAUGGAUCCCCCUGGGGACGGAUAAUCAUCUCUGUGGUUUACUUUGUUGUGGCUACAGCAGGAGUGUUGGGGAACCUGCUUGUGAUGUUCCUGCUGUACUCGACUCACACCAUCACCACAGGCAUCAUCAACUUCUUUGUGUUCAACCUAGCUUUGGCUCAACUCCUCUUCUCCAUGGUCUUGCCGUUUUGGGCCAUAGACAUUGCAAUGGACUACAGCUGGCCCUUUGGCCUGGCCACAUGCAAGGCCGUGUCCUUACUCACUGCACUCAAUGCCUUUGCGAGCUGCUUUUUCCUCACAGCAAUGAGUUUGACCCGGUACUGCUUUGUGGCUGCUGCUCUGAGGCCCAGCGCCUCCCUGUGCAGUAGGUCUUGCACUUCUCGGGUGGCCACAGUUUUUAUCUGGGCUGGAGCACUCAUAGCAGCGACGCCCCGAGGUUUGUUUGCAGAAGUAAGAAGUGUGGGUAACGACACAACAUGCCUGCUCCGGUUCCCUGAUGGUACAGCCUGGCUUGGGAUCAACCAGCUUCUGAGACUAGUGCUGGGAUUUCUGCUGCCCUACGCCAUUAUCAUCACUUCAUACCUGCUCCUGCUGCGCUUCCUCUGCCGGCAUAACCUGAAGGGCAGCAACUCUCGGCGAAAGGCUGAUAUUUCCAAGUCUGUGGCAGUGGUGGUGCUCUCAUUCUGCGCCUGCUGGUUACCCUACAACCUCCUCACACUUUGGGGUGCCUUGAUCCAGCUUGACAUCGUUGAUAUCAGCCCUUCAUUCUACUUGGCUCAAACAUACUUUUUCCCCCUGGCCAACUGCUUGGCUUUCACCAGCAGCUGCCUUAACCCCGUCAUCUACUGUCUGGUGAGGAAGGAGUACCGCGUGGCUCUCAAUAACGUGCUGUUCAAGUUGAGUCUUGCUAUCAUGUCCAAGGUGCCCUAUGGCAUUAAUUCUGAGGAGGGGUCGGAUCAAACUGGGCAGCUGGCCAUCCCUCUCAAUAACAUGUACAGUGAGACAAUUGUGACCAACUCAAAGAGUUACGCCCCUCUGACGGCACUGCCAACAGUGGUGUCCACCAUGUAAACACAAUGAUACAAUUAUUCUCGCCUUUAGUUUAAAGUAACAAACAUAGGGUGUUUUUCUUAAGGGUACUUAAGGUGCUUCAGAAGGACCUGUGUUUUCCUGUGAGGAUGUAAAGUAUAUAUAUUUCUGGUUUGUUGUGAUUAAGCUGCUUCAUAAACUCACCUUAGCUCUUGUGGCUCUUGUGUUCUACGGUAUUAUCUCUCUGAAAAUACCGUACCACUUGAGUCUUGUUUGGGGAAAAUUAAGAGUUUAAACAAAAAAAUAAUAAUUCACUAGAAAUGUGUUGUUAAAUAUGUCCGUUCUAUUCAUUUUCUCGUCCAUCUUCUUCUCAGUGUUGUAUUAAAAAUAAACCUCAUGUACAAAUGUCUACCACUAGUUAAUAUUGCUGCACUGUAUGUCUGGAUUGUGGUUGUGUUGUCCAGGUUUGAACACAUUUUGUUUAAAUUAUUCCAGUAGAAAUUGUCAAAUUAACUUUUCUUAACUAAAUGUGUUUUUGUAUGCCUCCAAGACCACCAAAAGACAAGAAUUAUCCUUAUUUUAACGGCAGUAAAGUUUCUAUAUAUUAUACUGUAUGUACAAUUAUUUCAAGCACAUGGAUUUCCAUGCUGUUGUGAUAAAGUGUUUUGCAAGGGUAAAAUAACUCACUAUCAGGCAUAUAGUUGUAACAGAUUAAAUACUUAAAAUAUCUAAAUAAAUGCUUAAAUUGUUUUAAAAUGUUGCAGUUUUAUUUUGUACAUAAAAGCUUAUUGUAUCACUCUACAUUUUAAUAUAUAUAAUCCAAUAUUAUGGCAGCAUCCUCAACUGCUGCUAAUUCUGCCUUUUGUGAUCCACGUACCACAAGAUGGUGGUGUUUCUCAACUUUAAAACUGAGAGAAGCUUACACUAACACAUAUUACCAUGUUGGUCUGUCUUCCUGUCUGCCAGUACCUGCAAUAUCAUUUUAUGGCAUACUAUGCAGUGAUGUAUGUAUGACUCUUUUCAUUGCAUACCAUGCUAUUACUUUUGUAAAAACAUUUUUAUGUCAUAUCAAAUAUUAAAAAGACAAAUACAUCUGA